AGGCACCACGGGCCGCGGCCCCGGCGGCGGCCGCACGCCGGCAGCGGUCGGCGGGCAGCCAGCCGGCCAGGGCCGCCAUCCCGGAGGGCGCCUUCGACGCGAAAUGGUGGGACGGCAAGUGGACGGUCGUUUGCAACGACGGGCCGUCCGACGGGACGAUAGACGUCAAGAACAUGCAGUUUAGUUACAGCGGCUUUCCCUGGAGGAUCCAGACAGAAGGCACGUCCAUCUUCAUGCGGUGGCCGCACAAUCCUGAGGUGAUCCAGCGGAUGAAGUAUGCUGCUGACCGGAAUGAGGUCAUGUGGGAGGCCAGCAGCGGCUCUCGCGAGUUCGGCUUCUUCCUUUGGCAGAAGGACGUCCCAAAGACCCGCUCCACGGGCAUUGUCCUCGGCGGGAAAGGCUGCCGGGACGUGCCCGUGCAAGGA